ACGGUUCCUGCCGUCUCUACCGCGCCCGGCCCCUCGCAGCUUGUGGUUGGCGACACACAGGCCAGCGGUCAGAUGCAGCUCAGAUGCAGCGUCCUGCCUCCUUCCUGCCCCUCAUUGCUCUGGUCAGGACUGCCCGGCGUGGGGGAAACUCAGGAGCGGAGAAACCGAGUCACAGAGAGAGGAUGGGAAAUUGUCUCCCGAGAGAACUCAGUUGCCUGAGAGACAAUCAGAAGAAGGUCAGGAAUAACGUGGGAAGGAGAGGGCAGGAAAUGACUACAUCGGAGGGAGAAAAUCAAGAUGGAGAUAAGAAAAGUAAAGAAGCUCCAUCCAGUUCUGAUCAGGGCAACGAGACUAGCUGUGGUUCUGAAGAAGUGUCUUACUCCGUCAUUAACCACAGGAGGCCGUCUCUGAGCUCCAACGACGAUGGUUAUGAGAACGUUGAUCCCACCACAGAGAGAGUCAGACCCCUGAGAGAAGGGUCAGAAACAGAAUACACCCUUCUCAGGCUGACAUGCCUUACCAGGCCUUCCUCCUGCACCCCCGAGAAUGAUUACGAAGUCGUGCUUCCUUGGCAGCACCCUCAUACCUCAUCUUCUUCCAGCAACAGACACGACACAGAAUAGCUGCCUCCGGGGGAGUCUUUCUCUCCCAGCAUUCACAAAACAUUCAUUUCUGGCCAGAGUUUAGAAAUAAUAUCCUUCUAUUAUAUUGCCUUGGUAAACUCUGAAACGUGGUGUCUCUGUGGUAUCAAUUGAAAUAGUGACAAAGUAUUCUACAUCAUUUUGUUUGUAAAAUUUGAGGACAUGGAGAUGGUGUGGAAAGCUUCCUAGGACAAUCCUGCUCUCCAAAUUUCAAAUGCCAGCAUCCCCACCCUAAUUGUCUAUUUCAUUGUCAAGGUGUAAGCUACUCAAUAAAGAUGA